CUUGGAAAUGAAUAUCUGAUUGAAUUGAUCUUAUUAAUGAAUGAUAAGUGUUAUUAUUUUGUGGUCAACUCUUUAUCAGAUCCAAUAUGAGCAUGGAGAUUGCAAAAGAAAAGGCUGAGAAUCAAACUUGGAGAGACUUGCCCUUAGAGCUUCUGAUAUCAGUAAUGACUAAUCUUGAAAUCCAAGACAACGUACGAGCUUCUGCCGUAUGCAAACCUUGGUACGAAGCAGCAGUGUCUGUUAGAAUCACGGACCAGCCUCCUGGGCUAAUGUACUUCCCUAAAUCAAAAAACUCCUACGAGUUUUACAAUCCAUCAAACUCCAAGAGACAUACAAAGGAGCUGCCUAAUUCAUUAGCUGGCUCUAAAGUGCGUUACUCUAAAGACGGAUGGCUUCUUAUGAGCAAAAACCUUUCAACAGACUUUGUCUUGUUCAAUCCUUUUACUAUGGACUUUGUGGUCUUGCCUUAUCUUGAGCUGUGGCAUGGUUACCAGUUAGUCGGAUUCUCUUGUGCUCCUACAUCAAGUGAUUGUGUAGUGUUAACAAUCAAAGACUAUGAUCCAGGCCACGUUACAAUCCGUACAUGGAGUCCGGGUGAAACCACGUGGACUUCAAUGCAGGUCUCGUCUCAGUUUCUUGAUGCUAAACGUAACUAUGUUGUCUUCUCAAAUGGUUUUUUUUACUGUCUCAACUUAAGAAACAACCUCGCGGUUUUUGAUCCUUCUUUACGGACGUGGAAUGUCCUUGACGUACCGCCACCUGUAUGUCCUGAUCACAUUGAUGAUGAGAGCUGGUAUGAAGGAAAGUUCAUGGUGGGUUAUAAAGGAGACGUAUUUCUCAUAUGUACAUUUGGAAACGCAGAGCCUUCGGCCUUUAAACUCGAUCUUACACGAGAUGUUUGGGAGAAGAAGGAAAAUAUUGGUAGUUUGACGAUCUUUGUGAGUACUAAUUCAUGUGAAACAAGGACGUAUGUCCAUGAGGGGAUGUUAAGGAACAGUAUCUACUUUCCUAAGAUAUGUGACAAUGGGAACCGGUGCUUAACAUAUUCGUUUGAUGAAGGGCGAUACCAUCCGGGUGAGCACAAUGUUAACUGGGGAAAGCAACGAUCUUCUCAGAGCAUUUGGAUCAGGCCUCCUGAGAACGCACUGGAGCUAGUGUAA